AUGGAAUCAGAGACGCCACGCGUUUCAUUCAUCACCAUCGUAGACUUCUCUGAGGAUGCUCGAUGGCUGUUUCUCACCGAAUCAGUCUCCGACCUCCUAGGCUUUGAACCCCGCGAGUUAAUAGGCCGCCCUGCUUUGGAGCUUGUACAUCCAGAUGAGUUUUCUCAAGUAAAGCAGAUGCACUAUGAUACUAUCCGAGAAGACAAAGCCGCUGCUCUCGCAUAUCUCCGAUUGAAACAUAAAGAUCCCUUCAAAGGAUACAUUCUUUGUGCGGUUUCUCGGACUGUCGCGCACAACGUUCUGGUGGGGAGCGUAUCGUUUGCUACACCAGGCGGAAAGGCGCUCCAGAAUAUUUCUACUGCGCAAGAAGUUGAAGUCGUCACACCUUCUGCGAAGAACUUCGAGCUUAGGCGGUGGGGCGACCCGUCACCGAUGACGUCUAGUCCUAGUAUACCCGACCUCACUUCACAGGCUGCCUGCCCUUCCACAGUUAUGGACAGUGCUAGUGACGCGUCAUCAAACCGCAGCCGAGGCAAGAAACCAGCAAUAAUUAGUUUUAAUCCGCUGCCCCCUCAGUCCCCAAGAGCGGCACUCAUCCUUGACCGGUUCUCGAUUCAUUGCACGGUCCUCUACUGUUCCAACGACCUUCUCCUCUCAACUACCAAGGUUUUGGGUCGGAGUUUCUUCGACUUUGUUACUACUCGCACAGAAAAUAGCGUACGCAGCUGGAUUGAUGUCAUUAAAUCAUGGGGUGUCAACGAUCGAGGGCAACCGAGUGAUGGCGGCUUCGGUUUUGGUAAGUUUGGGCUGCUGCUUGCUGGCAGGGAUUCAAGGGGUGAAAAUGAGCAAGAUACGCCGCUAUCGCGGCGCCGACCCGGAGACGCAAGAAUCAACUGCCGAAUGCCGUCAAGCUCACGUUGCGCCUCUCAUUCAUCGCCCGGGACGUCUUCCCGUUCACGACCAUCUUCUUCGAUGUCUUCGUCCACCUCUGAUCAGGAAAUUUCUGUUGACGCUAUUUUCUCCGGGCACUCGGACGGAAUUUUACUGGUACUUCGUCCGACUUCAAAAGUAUGA